AUGUUUAGAAGCUUGAUACGACAUGAUUUGCUACCUAUAAUACAUACUAAUCACCCAGCUUCCCUUCAAUUGAGAUGUUUGUCAAGAUACUCUUCCAAAGUUGCCGCAUCGAAGAAAUAUCAACUAAACACCAAACAAAAGAUACGACACCAAGCCAAGGAAGAAUCAGAAACAGAGUCUAAAUCCAAAAAGGGACUUGUCUUUGAGUCGGGAAAGUUUUCACAGCUACACAAUGACUUGAAAGUUCCGCUAGAUUCCGCUGAAUCAAAGAUUGAUAAUUUUGAUCAAUUGAAAAUUUUCCCCUCGGUGAGGGAGGCCAUGAUUAAAGAGAUCAAGUCACAAUACAACCUCAAGGGACCUCAACACGCAUCACUUGAUGAGAUCAAGAUCAAGCCAACACCGGUACAGAUUUCUGCUAUUCGCAAAAUCAACCAAACGAGAAGAGCUAACAAAGACUUGGAAGAGAUGGAUGAAGGGGAACGUAUUUUUUACGAAUUGAAACACGAAAAUGAGUUGAAAAAGACCAAAAUUUUUACAGUUGCUGCUGAAACUGGCUCAGGUAAAACAUGGAGUUUCCUUGCUCCUCUUUUGUCUAAAUUGAAAGAGGACGAUUUCAAUUGGUUCAGGGAUAAUACUAGGAAAUAUGAACUUUUCAAAAAGUCAGAACAAGUUAGGUCAAUCAUUUUGGUUCCUACUCAUGAAUUGGUUGAACAGGUGUAUGCUGUACUUGACAGAUCUAACAAGUUUUCUUUGGACCAUGACAACAUACCUCGUCAGUAUAAAGAAUUCCUUGAUCUACCAGAAAAUGCAACACUAGGGUUAUCCAUUAUGAAAUUGUCGCAUGGUGAUCCGCCAAUAUCGCUUUAUAAACAAUUGCGUAAUUUCGGUAAAGUUGAUGUGCUAGUAACAACACCAGCUAAAAUUACAGGCUUUUCCAAAUUGGAAGCCAUUGACCGUCCAUUCAAGAUCUUCAAGAGCGUGAGGUAUUGUAUCUUGGAUGAAGCUGAUACAUUGUUUGAUCCAUCAUUUUUAAAAGAUACUACAGCAGUGGUUAAAAAUUUCCCCAAAUUACUUGAUUUGAUUUUAGUUUCGGCGACCAUUCCAAAGGAAUUUGAAAAGACAUUAACAAGGUACUUUCCUGAUGAAAAAUCAAUUAUUCGAGUAUCAACUCCCUCAUUACAUAAAGUUCCUCGAAACAUAAAAGUAAUGACAUUGGAUGCUGACUUGCCGCCUUAUAAUGGAUCAAAACCAAGAUGUUUAGCUCAGGCUAUUUAUGCUAUAUCAAGAGAUGGUACAGAACCUGAUUAUGUGAAGCGAAUUAUUGUUUUCGUUAACGAGAAAUCAGAAGUUGAUGGAUUAGUUGAUUUGAUGAUUACAAAAUAUGGAAUCCGAGAACAGGAUAUCUCUGGAAUAUCUGGUAAAGUGAAAGUGCAAGAUCGUAAGGAUUUUAUUGAACCGUUUUUGCGACCUGCACAAUUGAUCAAGCAUGAUUUAGAGGGAAGCAAAGUUAAGAUUUUGGUUACAACGGACUUACUAGCAAGAGGGUUGAAUUUUAUUGGCAUCAAGAAUGUUAUAUUGAUGGGUUUACCACAAAGCUCAGUUGAUCUUGUACAUAGAUUAGGAAGAACAGGAAGGAUGAAUCAACUGGGCCGCGUGUUUAUCAUUGCUGAUAAAAAAUCCAAGAAGUCUUGGGUCAAAGGAUUGGGGAAUGCUGUGAUUAGAGGUAUCAAGAUUGGCUAA